AGCAGCCAUGAAUGAGACGCAGCAGGAGCCCCGGCACUGACCCAGACAUCAAACUGUAACUGGACCGCAAAACGCUUGAACCAGGAGGCCGAGAACACGAGAGAACGACAACGGGUGAAGGCCGUGGGAAAGAUCUUUAAAUAAAGAAGAGUGACUGACAGAACAAAAAACAGAUAGAAAGACUUCAGCAAUCAGCUUCUUCUCCAGUACGGUACCAUCUUGAUCAACCAUCCUGAGCUUCUUCACGGCUUCCCAGAAAACACGGGACUGACAAGACCAGGAGGAGGACGAGGGGAAGUGUGUUUAGAGAGACUGAACCAGCAGAUCUCAUGGAAGACAUGGAAACAGUAAACGCUCAACGAUGAAAGCUUCACAUCUCUCUGUGCCUCUGAAUCCCUGCCAUAGCCCACACAUGGUGACUUCUGAUGUCCUGGUAUCAACCCGAGGCUGAACCAUGGUCAUUCUGCAGCAGGGGGACUAUGUGUGGCUGGACCUUAAAACGGGCCGAGAGUUUGACGUCCCGGUGGGAGCCGUGGUCAAACUCUGCGACUCUGGACAGAUCCAGGUUCUGGAUGAUGAAGGGAGGGAACACUGGAUUUCCCCUCAGAACGCCACCAACAUCAAGCCCAUGCACCCGACCUCCAUCCAUGGCGUGCAGGACAUGAUCCGUCUGGGCGACCUCAACGAAGCCGGCAUCCUCCGCAACCUUCUCAUCCGCUACAAUGAACACGUCAUCUAUACGUAUACGGGCUCAAUCCUGAUAGCAGUCAACCCCUACCAGGUGCUCCCCAUCUACACUCCAGACCAGAUCCGCCUCUACACCAACAGGAAGAUCGGCGAGAUGCCGCCGCACAUAUUCGCCAUCGCAGACAACUGUUACUUCAACAUGCAGCGGAACAACAAGGACCAGUGCUGCAUCAUCAGCGGUGAGUCUGGAGCUGGGAAGACGGAGAGCACAAAGCUGAUCCUGCAGUUCCUCGCAGCCAUCAGCGGUCAACACUCCUGGAUAGAGCAGCAAGUCCUGGAGGCCACGCCCAUCCUCGAAGCCUUUGGCAAUGCCAAGACCAUUCGUAACGACAACUCCAGUCGCUUUGGGAAGUAUAUAGAUAUCCACUUCAACAAGCGAGGGGCCAUUGAAGGAGCCAAGAUAGAGCAGUACCUGCUGGAGAAGUCCCGUGUGUGUCGACAGGCUCCAGAUGAGAGGAACUACCAUGUGUUUUACUGCAUGCUGAAGGGGAUGGCGCCGGAGAUGAAGGCCAAGCUGGGUCUGGGCCUCGCCGCAGACUACUCCUACCUCACCAUGGGUAAAUGUACAGCGUGUGACGGUCGAGACGACCUGAGAGAUUACUCCAGCAUCGUGUCGGCCAUGAAGGUCCUCAUGUUCACUGAGACGGAGAACUGGGAGAUUUCCAAGCUGCUGGCGGCCAUCCUGCACAUGGGCAACCUGGGCUUCGAAGCUCGCACGUACGAUAACCUGGACGCCUGUGUGGUUGUGAGAUCUCCCGACCUCAUUACUGCUGCUGCACUCAUGGAGGUGGAGCCGAAGGACGUGAUGGUGUGUUUGACCACAAGAACCCUGAUCACACGUGGUGAAAGUGUCGUCACUCCUCUCAGUGUGGAACAAGGCCUGGAUGUCAGGGACGCCUUCGUCAAGGGAAUCUACGGACGUCUGUUUGUCUGGAUUGUGGAUAAAAUCAAUGCUGCCAUAUUCCGACAGCCAUCCUGCGAGAGUAACAUCAUGCGCAGGUCGAUCGGGUUGCUGGACAUCUUCGGUUUCGAGAACUUCAUCGUCAACAGUUUCGAACAGCUGUGCAUCAACUUUGCCAAUGAGAACCUGCAGCAGUUCUUUGUUCGCCACGUCUUCAAACUGGAGCAGGAGGAGUACAACCUGGAGGACAUCAGCUGGCAGCACAUCGAGUUCACCGACAACCAGGACGCUCUGGAUAUGAUCGCCAACAAACCCAUGAACAUCAUCUCCCUUAUUGAUGAAGAGAGCAAGUUCCCUAAGGGAACUGAUGCUACGAUGCUGUACAAGCUCAACUCACAGCACAAGCUCAACUACAACUACAUCCCUCCUAAAAACUGCUACGCAACCCAGUUUGGUAUCCAACACUUUGCUGGAGUGGUGAACUACGAGACCAGAGGCUUCCUGGAGAAAAACCGAGACAGCCUCCACACCGACAUCAUCCAGCUUGUCCACUCGUCCAAGAACAAGUUCAUCAAGCAGAUCUUCCAGGCUGACGUGGCCAUGUUUCUGUGUGGCUAUCAGCAGCCCAGCACCCCUCCUCCCAAGGGUGCUGAGACGAGGAAGCGCUCUCCCACUCUGAGCAGUCAGUUCAAACGUUCCCUGGAGAUGCUGAUGAGGACGCUCAGCGUGUGUCAGCCGUUCUUCGUUCGCUGUGUAAAACCCAACGAGUUAAAAAAACCAUUGUUAUUUGACAGAGAGCUGUGCGUUCGUCAGCUGCGAUACUCCGGCAUGAUGGAGACCAUCAGGAUACGGCGGGCCGGCUAUCCCAUCCGAUACACCUUUGGCGAGUUUGUGGACCGUUACCGGGUCCUCAUGCCUGGCGUCAAACCUGCUCACAAACAGGAAGACCUACGAGGGACGAGUCAGAAGAUCGUCUGGGCCCGGCUGGGGACACUCGAUGACUGGCGGAUCGGAAAGACGAAGAUCUUCCUAAAGGACCACCACGACAUGCAGCUGGAGAUCGAGAGGGACAAGGGCAUCACUGACAAGGUCAUCCUCAUCCAGAAGGCUGUGCGUGGACUCACAGUGAGGAAACACUUCCUCAGACUGAGGAGCGCUGUGAUGUUUAUCCAGAAGGUGUGGAGAGGUUAUCAAUGCAGGAAGAAUUACCAAAUUAUGCAGUCGGGCUUCCUGCGCCUCCAGGCCGUCUACAGGUCGAGGAAGCACUACAAAAGCUACCGGACGACCCGCCUCCGUAUUACUCACAUCCAAGCCCGUUGCCGCGGCUUCCUCAUCCGGCAGACAUUUUGGCGGCGUCUUCGUGCUGUGUUGACCCUUCAGGCCUACACCAGGGGCAUGAUAGCCAGACGCCUCUGCCAGAGGCUCAGGGCAGAGCUGCAGCAUCGCCUGGAAGCCGAGCGCCAGCGCCUGGCCGAGGAGGAGCAGCUGCGGUACCAGAUGACGGCUCGGCGGGCCAAGGUGGAGGCGGAGAGGAAACACCAGGAGAGGCUCGUCCAACUGGCCCAGCAGCAGGAGGAGAGGGAGCGGGAGGAGAAGGAGGAGGGGAGGAGGAAGAAGGAGCUGCUGGAGCAGAUGGAGAGGGAGAAGGAGCAACCCGUGGAUCACUCGGACAUGGUCGACCGCAUGUUUGGAUUCCUUGGGAGCACCGGGCCGCUGCCCAACCAGGACGGACAGGCUCCAGCUGGUUUUGAGGACUUGGAGAAAACUCCUCGUGGCGAGGAUGCUCAAGAGGAGAUGAUGAAUGAAGCUCCGCCGUUACCUGACGAGGAAGACGAGGAUUUGUCCGAGUACAAGUUCUCCAAAUUUUCAGCCACCUACUUCCAGGGUGUUUCCACUCCAACCUACAUCAGACGACCACUGAAACAACCUCUGCUUUUUCACGAGGACGAAGGAGACCAGCUGGCUGCGUUAGCGGUGUGGAUCACCACGUUGAGGUUCAUGGGAGACUUGCCGGAGCCCAAAUGCCAGAUGGUCAUUAAUGACGGCAGCGAAAAGAUUCCCGUCAUGACCAAGAUCUACGAAACACUCGGCAAGAGGACCUACAAGAGGGAGCUGCAGGAGCUGCAGGUGGAAGGAGAGAACAGCUCCAUCGACACCCAGAAGAGGAACAGCGUUAGACAUAAACUGGUGUCGCUCACCCUGAAGAGGAAAACCAAGAUCACUGAGGAGGUGACCAGGCGGUUGACGGAGGUGGACUACGGCCUCCAGGGGAACAGCAUGCUGGAGGACCGACCCACCUCCAACCUGGAGAAACUUCACUUCAUCAUCGGCAACGGCAUCUUACGGCCCGCCCUCAGGGAUGAGAUCUACUGUCAGAUCUGCAAACAGCUCACUCAGAAUCCGUCCAAGAGCAGCCACGCCCGAGGUUGGAUCCUGCUGUCGCUCUGCGUCGGCUGCUUCGCCCCCUCCGAGAAGUUCGUCAAAUAUUUACGGACAUUUUUAAACAACGGUCCCCCUGGUUACGCUCCAUAUUGUGAGGAAAGGUUGAGGAGGACGUUUGUCAACCGCACGAGGACCCAGCCGCCAUCGUGGUUGGAGUUACAGGCCACCAAAUCUAAGAAGCCCAUCAUGCUGCCAGUAACGUUUAUGGAUGGCACCACCAAGACACUCCUGGCAGACUCCGCCACCACCGCCAGUGAGCUCUGCAACGCUUUGGCGGACAAGAUCAACCUGAGAGAUCGCUUUGGCUUCUCGCUGUACAUCGCCCUGUUUGACAAGGUGUCAUCAUUGGGCAGCGGCAGCGACCACGUCAUGGACGCCGUCUCCCAGUGUGAGCAGUAUGCCAAGGAGCAGGGCGCCCAGGAGAGGAACGCCCCCUGGAGGCUGUUCUUCAGGAAGGAGAUCUUCAACCCAUGGCACAACCCCGCGGAGGACCACGUCGCCACAAACCUCAUUUACCAGCAGAUCGUCCGAGGGGUGAAAUUCGGAGAGUACCGCUGUGAGAGGGAGGAGGACCUGGCCGAGCUGGCCUCUCAGCAGUACUACGUGGACUACGGCUCUGAGAUCCUCCUGGACCGCCUGCUCACCCUCAUCCCCUCCUACAUCCCCGACAGAGAGAUCACCUCCACUAAGACUGCAGAUAAGUGGACUCAGCUCAUCGUCAACGCCCACAAAAAGGGAUUACACACUAAAAGGAGGCUGAACUCACAGAGGGUGAAGGAGGACGUGGUGGAUUUUGCUCGUUUAAAGUGGCCUUUACUCUUCUCGCGCUUCUACGAGGCCUUCAAAUUCUCAGGACCCAGUCUGCCCAAGAAUGACGUGAUCGUGGCGGUGAACUGGACGGGGGUUUACUUUGUGGAUGAACAGGAGCAGGUCCUUCUGGAGCUCUCGUUCCCGGAGAUCACUGCUGUGUCCAGUAGCAGAGGGGGUAAACUCCAGGGCCAGAGUUUUACCUUGGCCACCAUCAAAGGAGACGAGUACACGUUCACCUCCAACAAUGCAGAGGACAUCCGUGAUCUGGUGGUCGCCUUCCUCGAAGGUCUGAGGAAGAGGUCCAAGUAUGUGGUGGGACUGCUGGACUGUCCCAACCCUGUAGGGGCAGACUCCACCUUCCUGAGUUUCUCUAAGGGAGAUCUGAUCAUCCUGGACGAACACAACGGAGAGCAAGUAAUGAACUCUGGCUGGGCUCACGGCAUCAACGACAGGACCAAGCAGAGAGGAGACUUCCCUGCUGACUGCGUCUACGUCCUGCCCACCAUCACCAGACCGCAGUAUGACUUAGUGGCUCUCGUGACUAUGACUCCUGAUCAGAGGAGAGAAUCCAUCAGUUUGAGCCAGACGAACGUCUCUGACAUCGAGGACAAAACGAAGGCCUACACACUGGAGGAGUACUCCUACGACUACUUCAGGCCGCCUCCUAAGAGCACUCUGAGCAGGGUGAUGAUCUCUAAGAGUCGGGGGAAGGAGCGUCUGUGGAGCUGCACCAGGGAGCCUCUCAAACAGCCUCUGCUGAAGAAAGUCCUGGCCCACGACGAGCUCUCCCAGGAGGCCUGCCUGGCAUUCAUAGCUGUGAUGAAGUAUAUGGGCGACUACCCGUCCAAACGCGUGCGUUCUGUCAACGAGCUCACCGAUCUGAUCUUUGAAGGAGCGCUGAAGGCCGAGCCGCUCAAAGACGAGAUCUUCUGUCAGAUUCUCAAACAGCUGACUGAUAAUCACAUCAAGUUUAGUGAGGAGAAGGGCUGGGAGCUGCUGUGGCUCUGCACUGGUUUGUUUCCUCCCAGUAACGUCCUGCUGCCUCACGUUCAGAAGUUCCUCCAGGCCAAGAAACACCACCAGCUGGCUCCAGACUGCAUGCAGCGGCUACAGAAAGCCUUACGAAAUGGAUCCAGAAAGUACCCUCCUCACCUGGUGGAGGUGGAGGCCAUCCAGCACAAGACCACUCAGAUCUUCCACAAGGUUUACUUCCCUGAUGACUCAGACGAGGUGUUUGAAGUGGAGUCGAGCACCAAGGCCAAAGACUUCUGUCACAACAUCUCUGGACGUCUUCUGCUCAAAUCCUCCGAAGGCUUCAGUCUGUUUGUGAAGAUCACUGACAAGGUCAUCAGUGUGCCCGACGGCGACUUCUUCUUCGACUUUGUGAGGCACCUGACUGACUGGAUCAAGAAAGCCAGACACGUGAAAGACGGUGUAGUGCCUUCACUGACGUAUCAGGUGUUCUUCAUGAAGAAGCUGUGGACCAAUACCGUGCCAGGAAAAGACUCCAUGGCUGACUCCAUCUUCCACUACUACCAAGAGCUGCCGAAGUAUCUGCGAGGCUACCACAAGUGUUCGAGAGAGGAGGUGUACCAGUUGGCAGCACUGAUCUACAGGGUGAAGUUUGAGGAGGAUAAAUCCCACUUCCUGAAUAUUCCCAAGAUCCUGAAGGAGCUCGUCCCACAGGACCAGAUGAGACAUCUGUCCCCCGACGACUGGAAGAGGUCCAUCAUGUCGCUGUUCAACAAGCACUCAGGAAAGACUCGAGAAGAAGCCAAACUGUCCUUCCUCAAAAUCAUCUACAAGUGGACCACGUUUGGUUCGGCCUUUUUUGAAGUCAAGCAAACAACUGAUCCAAAUUACCCAGAAACCCUCCUGAUAGCAAUCAACAAACACGGAGUCAGUCUCAUUGAUCCCAAGUCUAAGGAAAUCCUCACCACUCACUCCUUCACGAAGAUCUCCAACUGGAGCAGCGGCAACACGUACUUCCACAUCACCAUCGGAAACCUGGUCCGAGGCAGCAAGCUGCUGUGUGAGACCUCACUGGGCUACAAAAUGGACGACCUCCUGACCUCUUACAUCAGCCAGAUGCUGACGACCAUGACCAAACAGCGAACCUCCCGGGGCAACAAGUAGAGCAGAGCGGCAGGAAACACGGUCAAUCAUUUCUACAUUCACUCACACACGCACAGUGUGAAUACAUGUAAACAAAAAGCACUUAUUAUCAUAUAGAACUGUAUGAAUUGUCCCACAAAGUGGUUAUUAAAGGUGCAGUGUGUAGGGUUUGGCGGCAUCUAGUGGUGAGGUUGCAGA